AUGGGCGGUGCGUGGGAGCGACUGGUCCGCUCAGUAAAGACUGCGAUCGGGAAUGCAUAUGCCGAGGGAAAGCUCAAUGACGAAGAUUUGCAAACUAUGAUCGUAGAGGCAGAGGGAAUUGUAAAUACCAGACCACUUACUCCAAACCAUUUUUUGAUCGGGAGCUCCAAUGGAGUCAAGCAACCAACCGUGCAUACUGUGCCUCAGCAGGGAGCAUCUCUGGAGUCUUGGCAUCAUAUCCAUCGCCAACUCAACCGGUUCUGGCGAGGUUGGCUGAAGGAGUUCCUUCCAGUAAUCCGAAAACAACCCAAAUGGUUUGCUGAGUCUCGACCAGUAAAAGACGGAGACCUGGUAUUGAUAGUGGACGAAGGUAAACGAAAUGGAUGGAUGCGAGGGACGGUAAUCGAGGUGAUAAAAACGUCGGAUAGCCAAGUGCGACAGGCUAUAGUCCAGACCGCUGGAGGAGUCUUUCAUCGACCGGUAUCUAAACUCGCAGUACUCGAUGUUAACGGUAACAGUGAGGUCAUCGGAGCACGAGGACCACACCCGGGGGAGGAUGUUGCUACAGGGACAUCGAGUGAACCGGCAACACGGUUGUAA